AUGGAGAUCUUCGCGAACCAAGCGAUCAAGUGGAACAGUUUCAAAACAGUUCGCCGCACCGUCUUAAUCCGUGCGACAUUGGCUCAGAUGAAUUGUAUGCAAGGUGUUACUGCGAACAUUAUUGGCCAAGGUAAAUUCACUGUUUUGCGUUGGGGCGAAUGUAAACGACACAACAGUGGCUCGACUACACGCCGUCUUAAUACUUUCCAGGUCUUCAUGUUUGGCAAACCUGUUUGGGUGGCAGAGAAUUUGGUUGAAAACCCUACUCAUGUCGAAAAGGUGAUCUAUGCCAGUUGCACAGUUGGACUCUAUCGUAUUCACUACACGAACGAUUUCGUCCCAUCAACACGUAAAGUCUCACAAACAACACUCAAAAGUACUAACCCUAAUGACUCAACCAAAAUAUGUUCGUCACCGUCACUCCCUUCUAUUAACACUUUUCACGGACUUGUUCCUCAGAUUGACACCCAGUGGGUUGUUAACAGUAAUCCACACAACGACACAGUACAAAAACAGACAACGACCCUACCCAAAUUGUCUGACUUGUUCCUUUAA